GGAGUGCACAUGUAUAAUAUACACAAACCAGGAAACACAAUCAUUAAAAAAAUAUGUGACGUUUUGAUUCAGGUAAUCAGCUGAUAAAUUGGUUCAAUUUUGCAAUUAGAUAGCAUAUCAUAAUUUCGUGGUCGUUCACCUGUGUGUCAUACAUCAGAUUAUAAUUAUUCUUAAGAAGAAACACCAAACAGAAAAAGUCUAGCUUGAUAUGCGUUAUUCGACAGUAUGUGCAUGCAAAUGGCUUAUUAAAUUUACCGCGGCUAUUAUAGUCAUAGUGAUAACCUUUUGUAUUGGACUGCACAGUGAAACAUCCAAGAACCACAAUGCUACACUAGUUUCGCCAAAACCUACCCUUUCACCGGAAGAAGGACUUCAAAUAUAUAUCAAGAAUCUCAGUUCUUGGCAAGAUCAUAAUGACAGUGCAAUCGUCAAUUCUCACCCAUAUCAGUAUUUAAUAGUCCCGACAAAAAUUUGUAAACUUAACGGAGCUGUGUCCGACCCAUUUCUUUUAAUAGUUGUCAAAUCCUAUGUUUCAAACAUAGGACAUCGUGAAGGUAUUCGUGCAACGUGGGGAAAGGAUCUGCCUUCGUCUGUCAGACUCGUUUUUAUUCUAGGACAUUUGGAUUUCAUGAAAUCGUAUAUUGCGAUUGAAAGCAGACGAUACAAAGAUAUAAUUCAGGAAGAUUUUUUCGACGUUUACAGAAAUAAUACCGUAAAGACAAUCAUGGGAUUUAAUUGGGCCGUGGAUAAUUGCAAGGAAUCUCAAUACACAUUUUUCGUGGACGACGAUUACAUAGUCAACAUUCCGAAACUUUUGACUUACAUCAAAUCCCACCAGAAAAACAGUAAGGGGUUAGGUCUUUAUGCUGGAUACAUGUGGGAAAAGGCUUUUCCGAAACGAACAAAUCUCUCAAAAUGGUAUGUUCCGUACAAAGACUAUCCAUGCGUAUAUUGGCCUAAAUAUGUAGGUGGCGGUUCUAUGAUGAUUUCUAUGGAUGUAGCAACAAAAAUGAAAGAAGCAUUUCCAUACAUAAAACCUAUAUUUAUAGACGAUGUGUAUAUAGGAAUAGUUGCAGCCACCUUAGGCAUAAAAGUAAAAAUGGAGGGUCGAUUCUCUCCAGACUACAAACCUAAUAAUAUAGGAGUGUUGUACUCUACUCAUGGUGUUGCAUCAUCUAGUGCUUUAAUUCACGAUUGGGAAAUGAUCAAAAGUAAAAUCCGGAAAUAGAUUCUCAAUUAAUCAUA